UUUAAAGGCCAAUCACAACUAGCAUAGAUUAGAUAAGCGUUCUUCAUCACUAAAUUUAUUUUUGAGUACUUGGAUCGCGAUGGAUUAUUCUCAUCCAAAUAUCCAAAACUGAUAAAUACCGCGAUCGGAAUGUUUCGCGACAACGAAUUUCCUAUGUCUUCCGGUAGUUUCUCCAUCUCACCAUCCGAGCCUGCCGUUCAUAAUGACGAUUUCGACGAUGUCUUUGGGUCUGAACCAGGUUCUCCAACUUUUGACGUCAGGGAUGGCCACGAUGGAGACAUGUUUGGAGGCGGGAAUACAGAAAUUUCAGAUAUACCAAGGUUAAAAGAGAAACAUGAAACAGAAGGAUAUAGGGAUGGUGUCACAAAAGGAAAGGCCGAAAGUGUUCAAAAAGGAUUUGACGAGGGCUAUGGAUUGGGUGCUGUGUUAGGUCUGAGGAUAGGAAAAGUUAUAGGAAUACUUGAAGGAAUUUUUGGAGCGGUCUCCGUGUCUGCCGGCAAAUCCGAAGAUACACAAUGGACGAGCGAGAAGUCCCGGUUAGAAGAAUUGUUUAAGAAUGCCAAGGAGGAAUUAAAGACGGAAAAGGUGUUUGCGAGGGAGUGGUGGGGUGAAGACGGAAUAUGGAAAUUUGAAGUCCCAGGGGAAAAGGAAGGAAAGGAUGUUGUAUUUCCCGACGUUGCUGCAGCACACCCUUUACUCAAGAAAUGGGAAGGACUUCUAGAAGAGGAGAUAAAACGGUGGUCGUUAGAUUUGGAAUUCAUGGAGGGAAAUGAAGAGGAUGCUGUGCCAGCGAAACAGCAAAUUAAAGCUGACGCCGUGGAACAAAAGAUGGGUACAGUGAAAACAGAUUUGAACUGGUGAAAGACGAUUGGUCACAUGGAAAUCAAAUGAUCAAACUCAAAGGCAAGCCGACUCUCACGGCAUAUACGAGGUAUGGCCAGCAGAUGCCAUCUCGGAAUCACACGAACCUCAUAACAAGAUGCACCCUCGAAUAUCGAUACCUAGAUAUCAACAGCGAUGGAGUUGCUUGGUCCGGGCAGAGAUCGUAUGAGUAAAUUUGCGUGUGCUCGUGUCUCGAGCAUCACAACAUGCAUCUCAUUUUGUCGACCUCUUUAUGCGAGCGAGCCUACAGAUUAGAUUGAUCGGUCCCUGCAUUCAGGCCUCAUCAAUCUUGGCCAGCCUCCGUGCCACGAGACCUGGUCACAAAUUCCGACCAAAGACCAUCGAUUCGGAAGCUGAGGGAAACAAUGGAUAAGUGUGAAUGGAUCCAAGCGCAUAGCAACUGUGUCGCUAAAUUAGUGAACGAGAACCUCUUUGGGCUCUGUGCCACGUUUAUCCCUCGUUGCAUGCAGCAAUUCACAUUUGAGGUUACUCUUAACUAUUGUAUACUUAUUAGAGUCUUUAGAGAUGGCUUUUGCCACGGGGCAUUCAAUUGUGGUAGAAGAAAUUCAACGAUAAAAUCCAUCUUGUCACAUUUUCCAUUUUG